UUAAAUAAAUCAACAGUCCUCAAAUCUCACACUUCACCUCCCCACCUCCCCACCUCACACUCUCUUCCAGACCUCAACGCCCAAAAUGGGUUUCCUCUCCUACAUUUUCCUUCUCUUUGCUUUCUUUUGCUACUUCCAACUAGCUCACUCUCGAAGCUCACCGCUUAGCUCCAAAACGACAGUGCUCGACGUCGCUGCUUCAAUUCAUACGACCUUAAACGCCCUGUCGUCGGAGUCUCACACGCAGGCAUUGAGCCAACAAGACCAGAGCUCCUCAGCUGCUUCUUCACUUUCUCUGCCGCUACAUUCUCGAAUUUCACUUCACAAGCCUUCCCACAGUGACUACAAGUCGCUCACUUUGGCUCGACUCGAGCGUGACUCAGCCCGAGUCAGAUCUCUCACAACCCGGUUAGAUCUGGCUCUUCAAGGCAUUGCCACGUCGGAUCUUAAACCCGUGGAUACCGGCAACGGGUUGGAGCUUGAGGAAGCCAAGGGUUUUGAGGGUCCCGUCAUUUCCGGGACGAGUCAGGGAAGCGGCGAGUACUUCUCCCGAGUCGGAAUCGGCAAACCACCGAGUCCGGCCUACGUGGUGCUCGACACGGGUAGUGACGUCAGCUGGGUGCAGUGCGCACCCUGCGCCGACUGCUAUCAACAAGCCGAACCCAUCUUCGAGCCGACUUCCUCGGAUUCCUUCUCGCCUCUCUCGUGCGAAAACCAACGGUGCAAGUCCCUCGACGUGUUCGAGUGCCGCAACGACACAUGUCUCUACGAGGUGUCCUACGGCGACGGCUCCUACACCGUCGGCGACUUCGUCACGGAGACCAUCACCAUCGGCGGGGUUGCGGCGAAGGACAUAGCCAUCGGCUGUGGGCAUACCAACGAGGGCUUGUUCAUCGGCGCGUCUGGGCUCCUCGGACUUGGAGGCGGCCCGUUGUCGUUUCCUUCCCAGCUCAAUGCUACGUCAUUUUCCUACUGCCUCGUGGACCGUGACUCUGACUCGGCUUCAACUCUUGAGUUUAACUCCCCGCUCCAUCCCAAUGCCGUGACGGCUCCGUUACGCCGUAACCCUGAGCUCGACACGUUUUACUAUAUCGGCCUAGCCGGACUGAGCGUAGGCGGCGAGUUGCUACCGAUUCCCGAGUCGGCUUUUCAGAUAGACGACAGCGGAAACGGCGGAAUCAUCAUCGACUCGGGCACGGCGGUGACUCGGUUGCAGACGGACACUUACAACGCGCUCCGUGAUGCGUUCGUGAAAGGCACCAAGGACUUGACGUCCACCCAAGGCGCGGCGCUGUUCGACGUGUGUUACGACUUGUCGUCGAAGAAGAGCGUUGAGGUGCCAACGGUGUCGUUUCACUUCGCGGACGGGAAAGUGUUACCGUUACCGGCUAAAAAUUACCUGAUACCGAUUGACUCGGAGGGGACUUUUUGCUUUGCGUUCGCGCCCACGCCCUCCUCGAUGUCAAUCAUUGGGAAUGUCCAACAGCAAGGGACACGUGUCGGUUUCGACAUCGCUAAUUCGGUGGUUGGGUUCUUCCCCAACCAAUGCUAGACAGAUAAAUUAGGCGUAAUGUUUUUGACCAUUUUCUUUUUCUUUUUAAUUAUAGUUUUUAGGAACCUGCCUCCCUGUUCAGUUCUUGUUUGUCCAUGUUACCAAAUCUACAUCUUCUUCUCU